GUCCCUCAAACCCUUCCCCGUCUCGCUCUCGGAUUUCCGUCGGUCGGCUGUUCGACCUCCCCCGCUCCCGAAUCCCCCGGCGCCCCCUCCGAUCGCGAAGUUCUCGCAUCGACUUCAAGAAGAGCCUCGGCCGCAUCCCUACAGCGACGCCGUUUCCUGUCCUCGUUGCAGUUCUCGCUGCCGUCUUCAAGAAGGGCUUCGGCCGCAUUCCUGCAGCUCCGACAAAUCUUGCGGCGCAUCUUCUUCACGCCUCCCUGAAGUCUUGCGAGAACGAUUCUUUCUUUCGUUCGGGAAGAGUUGUUGUUGUUUUCUGUAUCAAUUUGUUACCCUUCUGAGGAUGUAUUCUCGAUCUGGAACUGAGAAAACAAUGUUUGUGUAUUACAAAUUUAAGAGUGCUAAGGAUUUUUGUUCUCUUCCUGUUGAUGGUCCCUCGAUCUCUGUUGCCAAUUUGAAAUUGAGAAUAUUCCAUUCCAAGCGUUAUGGAAAGGGUAGGGAUUUCGAUCUCACUGUCAUGAAUGCGCAGACGAACGAAGGUUGGCCUUUUCUACAACACUCACUAUCUCGGAAGAUUAAGCGUUGCAAUUAUUGAUGAUCUGUGGACAGGACUAAUUUCUUGCUCAAUUCCUUUAUGGUUGUGUGAUUUGCUCUGGUUAAUCCAUGUUUAGGGUAACUCAAUUUUGUCGUCCGCAACUACUUUGCUGGAAGUUUUACUGUUGCAGUUACUUGUUGUCUAUGCUUGCUGUCUGUUUUAUUUUUUCCAGAGUAAUGUAUGAUUUGCUACAUUUAAUUCUUGGCAAGGAAAUCUAAUUAUCUUUUUGAAAUGGCUUCUUUAUUUCAGAAUAUGUUGAUGAUGCAGUCAUGAUACCAACAGGCACAUCAGUAUUGAUUUGCCGAAUUCCAGGGCCAAAGGGCAAGAGUAUUGUUGUCGGAGAGCCAAAAAGUGCAGAAAGUAGUGAAGAUGUUUCGCCACAAAGUGGUUCAUCAGCAACUGAAUCUUCUUCCUAUAAAUUUCCUGAUGAGUCUGACUCCUGUGACUUUGAGGAAGCCUUUUCUGCUAUUCAUAAUGAGGUUGUUGAUCAGCCAAGUAAUCAAGUGCUAAGUAGAUUGGACGAGGACAGGAGAAUCAAGGCUUUAGUUGACACACCUGCUAUUGAUUGGCAAAGCCAACCCAAGGAAGUUUAUUAUUUUGAAGGAAGCACCGGAAGGACAUGGGGUGGAAGAAUGGCUUGUGGUUUUGGUGAUGGUUUAUUGGGAUUCAAGAAACCACCGGCUGGCUACGUUUGUCAUAGAUGCAAAAUGCCUGGACAUUUCAUUCAGCAUUGUCCUACGAAUGGUGACCCCAAGUUUGAUAUAAAAAAGAUGAAACCGGCAACUGGUAUUCCCAGAUCUAUGUUAUUGGCCACUCCAGAUGGCUCUUAUUCACUCCCAGAUGGUGUCGCUGCUGUUUUAAAGCCAAAUGAAUCUGUUUUUGAGAAGGAAAUUGAGGGGAUUCCUUCUGUCUGCCGUGUCAGUGACCUUCCUCCCGAACUGAAUUGUCCAUUGUGUAAGAAAGUAAUGAAAGAUGCCGUCAUGAGUAGCAAGUGCUGUUUCGCUAGUUUCUGUGACCAAUGCAUAAGGGACCACAUCAUCACCAAAUCAAUGUGCAUUUGUGGGGCCAAACAGCUGGUCGCAGAUGACUUAAUCCCAAAUGUGACUCUUAGGGAAACAAUCAAUAGCUUCCUGGUAAUAAGCAGUAGGUCAAGCAGUGCUGGAAGCACAGAUAUGGGAUCGGCGACAUCAAAAGCUCUCUCUCCAGUUUUUUCUGUGGCCUCCAUGAGUAAACAGAAGGCAUCGUCUCGCACCAUUUUUGUUGUUUUUGUUCAUCAAAUUGUCGUGAAUGUCGUUGUAUGAUAUUGGUACCACGAAGCAUUUAGAUGGGCUUGAAUGAAUGAUUUCAAAUUACAGCAAGAGUUGAUAUGUGAUCGAUAUUUUCUCGCGGUAGUCGUGCUGGAUGCA